AUGGCAAACACUUGUGCUUCACGGCUUCCAUGUAGAAAUUCCACUCGAUAUCUUUUUAGCAUCUCCUUUUUCUUGGCAAUAUUCAUUAUUCUUGCCUUCAUCGAUUACGAAAGCAUCUACAAAGGAACAAAUAGCGAGCCAGUGUCGAGAUAUAAACAGUCACAACUACAAAGGAAAGUUCCCGGAAGGUUUGAUGGCGGUGAACGAGAACAUUUAUGGCAAGAUGAAAGCCGAGACUCCAAAGGUCUACAGGAACUGAUGAGUCAGUACGCGGAAGCUGAUGUAACUUUGACUGAGGCUGAUAAACCAAAUUUGCCGCAUGCCCCGGCGGAGCAAGAUAGAACAUUACCUUUUAAAAAAAUGUUUGCAAACGCCGAAGAGAAAGGCAAAAAAAGGAGAAAAUCAUUGAAAUGGAACAACAUGAUAGUUCCGUUAACUGAUUUGGAGGAAGAAGAAAAUAAACACCAAGUUUUGCUGCUGCUGAUAGUAUCAAGUGCACCUAGAAGAUAUGACAGAAGAAACGCCAUCAGACAAACAUGGAUGAGCAAAUGCGACACUGGAAAGGUAGUUUUCAUGUUGGAUCAUGAAUUUUUAGAUAUACAAAUGAUUUUUAGAGAUACAAAUGGAUCUCAUAUACGUUCAUGGGUGCAGUGA